CUAUAUCCAAACACAGGACGAAGGCCGAGAUUCUGGAGUCAACAAGAAGUUGCCCGACAACUACUGCUCCCAAGUCGUGUGAGUUUGGCUCUGGGUUCUCAAAGGAGCUCAGUAAAGAAGAAAGCUCCAGUAUUGGAACUUAUUUAGGUAACCCUUCACUCAGCUGCGACUAGGUUGGGUCCAGUUGAAAAUGAGUACUGCUACACCACGCACGUCCCUGCGUGAGGGCUUGCGGCAAGCCCCAAAAGCCAACCAGCCCUUCAUCCCAGAUACUGCGCCAGUUAGACGCUCACACGUGCACGUACACCCACAGUCCCCACAACCAGUAUCAAUGUCCCAGACUCACGCCAACUCCGUCGGCUCAAAUAGCCCUCAUCCCACAGUCGAUAGUUGGGAAGGGAGGGAGCAGAAGGUUCCGAUGUCCACACGUGAAGUAGCCACGCCUGGAAACAGACCAGGCCUCUUUGUUGGCCUUAAUGACAGAGGAAAGUCAGCGAAGCAACCUGAUUUUUACGAUCCGUAUUUUCCCCUCAGAUACUUGGAGGUACCGAAGUCGGAUCAUAUCUACAAACGCGCCCAUUAUGGCCUACAAUCAGGAAUAUCGGAUGAGGUUGAUUUCGCGCUGUACCAUCUUGUGCAGAUCUCCAACCAGAGGUGGGAUAAAUUCAAGUUUGAGGGUUUUCCACUGCUUGCGGAGACCCUGAUGGAGAAAGCUAUAGAUAUAUCCAUCCUUUGCACUGGCGUGAAAUGGGAACUUCAGUAUGAUUUUCGACAACCCACCGACCGUGUCAAUGUGUUGAACUCGCUACAUGGCACACGAGAUAUUUUGGAGAAGAUUAAACAGAUACCUGUAACAUUACCAGACGACACUCUUGAGACCUAUGAGUUCAAUCACCGUCUUCGAAAUGUUAAGGAGGCCACAUUGGUUCUCCGGAAUAUGGUUUUGUUGAAAGAAAACGCUUUUUACGUAUCGCGCUACGCCAAAGGACUACUGAGGGACUUUCUGGUCAUUCUGAUUAACCUCCCUAACCAGCCACGUCUGAACGAAAUCAAGAAUGACGCGUUGGAUAUUGCGGAAGAAGUUACGAAGUUCAUGAGGACUGACCCUGAAGAUCCACUCUGGAUUUCCUUGCUCGGCUGUCUCGAGUCACCAGACCGUGCUCACGUUAUUCGUGCACUCUGGGCUCUUACUCAUUUUUCAACGGAACUAGAUGACCAGGAGGCAAACCGGGCAAUGGAACGUGUACCAAAAGAUACCCUGCAACAGUUGUAUUUCCACACGCUGCUUGACCAGGAUAGAGAUAUCCUGAGCGGCGCACUGGACUUCUGGUAUCAGUAUACGCUUUCUCGGGAGAACAUUGAGAAUUUGAUCGAUAUUUUCAACCUUCCUAUUGUUUUUGCGCCGCGCAUGAUCGCCUUAUUAACGCACGAUGCGCGAGCCAGCAAGAAGGAAACGGUUUUGCAAGAGGAGAAAGUGGCACCGCCCCCUUCGGAAAUUCCCCGUGUCCCCCCGGAGCUCUUGAAAGACCUAAUGGAACUGUCUGAACCUGAGCGCAGCUCCCGAUGGUUGCGUUGUUGCUUCGUCGAAGAUGCUGAUUGUGAGAUCACGCAGAUUGCCCUAUGGCAAGCGUAUCAAAGCCGAUUCGCAGACCCUCGGGUUCCUGGCGGGGGUGUUCUACCGGCGGCCGAGUUCAUCAAGAAUGUCAGCACGACCUUCACAAACGCACAAGCACAGGUCAUCAACGGACCUGGUGCAACUACCAGGUUCAUCAUCAAGGGUAUCAGACCGCUGGAGACUGCCUACACUUUCCAAGGCUUCCCUUACUUGUUCUGCAAGUGGACAGACAAUUCGAAACCAUCCAAAACAUGCCAACGCGCCUUUAAAACCCCUACAGAUCUUCGCAAUCAUGUUUUCUCAGAUCAUAUGAACCUUGCCACAAGUGGUGAGGCGUCAGGUCACUAUAAUUUGGACAAAGCCGAGUCACCAAUACACACCUGCCAUUGGGACAACUGUACUAAAUUCCGCUCGUCUGGCCCCAGUGCUAACACUGCCAUGGUGGCAGGCCACGUUUCUUCACAUUUGCCCGAAGAGCGACCCGCGGAUGCUGAGGCGCCGUCUUCAAAACGCCCUGUACUCCAGGAACGUAUCGUUCGUAAAUGGUUCUACCUUGACACACCCGUCAAUGAGAGAGGAGAACCUGUUGGAGUAGCGUACAAGGCCGCAUUGGUCCUGCGCAACCUUGCAAGGAAUCUACCGGACCGAGUCGCACAGCAAUACGACGGCCUAUCAUGGAAAAAGGCCGUAUUCCUAAGCCAUCGUCCAAGGAUCGUCGAGAUAUGGGACCGUAACCGGUCACUACGCAAGGAACUCACCGAGUUAAUUAUGAUCCUAGAAAGAGAGGAAUAUUACUAAAUCCAACAGAAAAAAAGAAGAAAGAAAAAUCAACAAGGAAUUUCAUUAUCCAGUCAGAGCUUCUCUCUAAAGUACUACCUAUCUACUUACUAAAUGAGCUCUCUCGGCACUCUUUGGAUCCCACUCUCUACUUGUCGUAUCAUUCCUCCGGUCCCCCUUUUUCCCUUUACAUUAUCCUUAUGCUAUCUGUUGUACAAAUACCCUGCAUUUCCUCUGAUUUCUCUAUUUCAAUAUUAUUAUUAGCUCGGAUAACGAGUCUUUCUUGUUUUCCCAUCCCUAUCCAUGUUCACGUGCACUUCUUGCUAAUUUCACAGCCACGAACGUAUGUAUCGGGCUCAUGCGAAAGCGCGGUGGAGUUGGGUUCUAUUUCUUGUCUAAGAGAUCAGAGAUGAAUCUGUUAAUGUCG